UGUUCUGGUCUUAUUUGGUGAAAUUUUGUAUAUAAUUGUUAGGUUUAAUUGAUUAAUCCUUCGUUGUUCUCUUGGGAAAUGGGGUUUCGAAUGUUGCCUACUUUCGUCGCUGUUGGUGUCUUUUCUUGUGACUUUGUGAUGUUCAUUCGUUCAUUUAAGUAUUUGCCGUUUAUUUUGCAUGCUGGCCGUUUGGUUUCUAGGAUGAUUUAGGCUGCUGAUAUAUGUGGAAUGAACCUGGCUUGGGGAUAUCGGUUGGGCAGUGUUCUCCGAAUUCUUGACGGAGGAUGGAUCCCUAUCGAUUGACAUCAUGAACGAUGUUGGAAGAAGCGUUUCGUGUAGUUAUUUAAUUGCUUUUCUUCCACUUUGUUUGAUAUUAAAAGAAUGGAUGUCUGUUGAGGGAUUAUUGUGGGUUAAUAUAUGACCUCAUUAUUUGGCACGCGUUUGCUGUAACUUUACGUUACUAUCGUUGGUUGAAACUUUACAAUUUAUACUAUGUCAGAAUUUUCAGCAAGUUCAAAACUGUGAGAUUUAAUUUGUAUGAUAUCAUGUCAUUGUGUUUUUUUAUAUCUUUCCAUUGGAAUUGCAGACUCCUCUUUGAUUAUUCGUGCCUGUAAUUUAUAUAUUCUAAUUCUUUUCUUAAUUCCUCAUAGGGUCUGUAAGUUCUAUGCCCGUGGAAAAUGUUUCAGAGGCGAGCAAUGUGAUUACUCUCAUGACGUACAGGAUACUCCAGUUGAUAUUUGCACAUUCUAUCAGAAGGGACACUGCUCUUAUGGUAGUCGAUGUAGAUAUAAACAUGUCAAAGCUUCUCAGGCAAGUUCUGCAUCAUCUUCAGAAAAUGGUCGGCAAUCUCUGUCUUCAAAGUCUGUCAUAGAUCAUACUAGCGGAGGAAAAUCACGGUGGAUCCCCAAGAAUACAAAUUCUGCUAGCUUUGGUCAUCUUAAGCAUGUGAAUUCUCCGAGGAGUGGUGAUGUUGGUGAAUCUAGUAAUGCUAUGCCUUCAAAGCAUAUCUUUUGUACCUAUGCUGCCGCCAACUGUCCCUUGGGAAAAAAAUGCUUGCUCAUUCAUGGAGACCAGUGUCUGUAUUGUAGAAAGUAUUGCUUGCAUCCUGCUGACCAAAGGGAGAGAGAGAAUCAUUUGAAUUCUUGUGACAAAAAGGAAAAAUACAAUCAGGCAUUAAAAGAUAGUCAAGAAAUAGAGUGCAAUAUUUGCUUGGACCGUGUUCUUUCAAAGCCUAAAGCUUCUGAAUGUAAGUUUGGGAUGCUUCCUGAAUGCGACCAUGCUUUCUGCUUAUCCUGUAUCAGGAAUUGGCGGAACAGUGCCUCGAACUCUGAAGCGGAUGUCUUUCAAAUUGCUAAUAACAAUAAUACAGUGAGGACUUGCCCUGUGUGUCGCAAGCUAUCAUAUUUUGUGAUUCCAAGUCCUAUAUGGUACUCCACAAAGGAAGAAAAGCAGGAAAUUAUUGAUAACUACAAGGCAAAUUGCAAGUUGAUUGAUUGCAAGCAUUUUGACUUUGGAAAUGGGAACUGUCCAUUUGGAGCUAGGUGUUUCUAUAAGCAUACUGUGAAGCCAGGCUCAGUGACAUGGAAACAUGGCAAGCCACCACGUCGUCGCCGCUCCAGAGCACAAAAUAAUAUGGAUAUGUAUGAAAUGAUGGAUAUGCUCAGUGAAUUUGAUUUACAAAGUGGUGAAUUCUAUUCCAUCAUGCGGGAAUCAGAGUUUUUUAAAGAUAUGGAUCCUUAUGAGAUGAUGGCUGUAUCAGAUAUGCUGGCUUCCUCUGGUUCAGGACCGAGACUUUUUGAUGAUGAAGAUUCUGAUGAUGAAAUGGGUUUUUUGGAUAUGGCGGAUCUAUCAGCAUCGCUGGAUGACCCUUUUGGGGAUGAUGAUGAAUUAAAUCCUUCGCAAGCAGCCUUCUUAUCAAUGAUAAUGCAAUCUAACUUGGAAGAAGAUAGUGAAGGGGACGAGGAUGACUAGUUUUACUUUAUUUAAUGUUUAUGAUUAAUUAGGUUUUGGAGGUGAUUCCUUACAUCUAAUGCACGGCAUCUACAUUUCAUAUUGGAAAAUGUCAGUUGUAACUGAAGGCUUUUGGCUCUUGCACUUCUAUUUUGUGGAUCCUUUGCCGGUUUGUAUAUUUUGCUGGUUGCAAUCUUUUCGAAGAUGUUACUUGUCAGCCUACUUUUACAGGUUGAGAUUUCCCAUGGCAAGGUUCUUUUGAUCCUUACAGCCCUGGAGUUGGUUUGGCAUGAAGGAAUGUUAAAUUUGCUUAAUAUUUGAUGUGAGGUUAUAUUAAGAUUGAAGCUGAAAUGGAAAGCUUUUCUUCAGUUA